CACGCCUCUGUUCCAUUCGCCACUGGAUUUUGUAGAAGCUCACCACGCGCCUCAACACCACGGCAGAGCAAACAAAAUGACUAAUGACGGGGAAAAAAACUUUAUAAUAUACAGCAGAAAAUAAAAGUAAUAAAAAACAUAACGCCCUUUCUCCAAAACCCUUAAACGAUCCAAUAACAAUCGCUAACGUGAUUCUCAGAUCGACGGGGAACAAUCUCCGCCGCGACAUUCACCUCCAUCGACUCCUCCCUCCCUCCGCCGCAACGCAAUCGAAGAUGACAUCUACCACUACCGCUCCGAAGAUCUCAAUGUUCGGUGCCAAGUCCGGAUUCGUAAUCCCUAAAAACAAGUUAUCCGGAUCACUGAUCCCCAUUUUUCAACGCGGCGGAGGAGGCGCCGGUAAGGAUAACGGAACGCUCGCGAAGCUAGGGAAGAGGAAGACUAAGUGGGGACCUGAUUUGACGCAAGACGUUGCAGUCAAGAAAGGCAGAGUCUUGGCUUACCAGAAACGUUUGGAUCAAAUCACACAGCAGUUGGAAUCAGGAACUCAUGAGGCCGAGGCUGAUAGGGAAACGAACAGUGAUUGUUUGUUUCCUGUCAAGAUUGCUGAACAUCUGGAGUUGGAGAAACGUGAAGCAAUUGGGGAGAUACUUGAGUUGAAUCCGAGGUUCAAGGCUCCACCUGACUAUAAGCCAGUGCUGAAAGAAGCUAGAUUGCCCAUCGAUGUCAAGGAACAUUCUGAUUUUAGCUUUCUAAGUCUCAUAUUUGGUUCCCAAGGUGAUACUCAGAAACAGCUCGAAAAAGAGACUGGAGCCAAAGUGCAAGUUUUUGGUACUAAAACAGGAGGAGAGAAGGUUGAACUCACUCCUUCAGAUGAAAAUGAGAUCCAGACGUCCUGGGAAGAGUUAUAUUUUCAGAUAUCAUCUGAUAUUUACGAAAAAGUAGAUGCAGCUAUUGCUGUAAUUGAGCUGCUUAUCUCUUCAGUGUCUGGAAAUACAGAAGCUGGGGCUGCUCCUUCAUCUUCUAAAUCUGAAGACGUUUCAACCCUUCCAGGCAACAUCAACGCGACUACUACAGACCCAAACUCUGAACAUCCCACUGACAACUCUGUACAACCACCACAAGCUCAAUUCGAAGAUUAUGGUUCCUCUUUACCAUUGGCUUCAAAUCAAGUUCCAUUUCAUCCACCUCUUAAUCCCUCUGUUCCAAGUCUUGGUAAUCGUAUCCCGGAUCAAGAACAGCCAACCAAUCCUCUUUUUGCUCAGCAACCAAUUCCAUUUCAUCAAAACACAUCAUUACGUCCUGACUUUCAAGGCCCUCGUCCACCAGAUCUAUUUUCUUUUAACCUUUCCAGCACACCAAGGCCCUACUCCGUGGUCCAACCAGGUUUUUCGACUGUGCCUCCAUAUUCUGGCAGUCAGAUACAACCACUAGGACCACGAUCUACAAUGAGGCCGUCGACCCUAUCCACUUUCCAACCCGUACCUAACAGUGGAUUUAGACCACCGCUGUUGCCGGAAAUGGUUUCAAGCAACAUGUCCCAGUCAGUACGGCCUCUGGCUCCUAACCUCAGUCUACAUCCGGUAGCUCAUCAGCCAGGUACUGAAAUACCAUCAGUUCCCUUUCCCUCUGGUAUCAGUCUGAAACAUCUAACAGAAUAUGUUUCUGGUGGUUCUCUGCGUCCCAUGUCAGUGUCACCAUAUGUUUCUGGCAGGCUUGCUGGUCCUCUUCCUACUUAUCCUUCCACAAAUACAGCUCCAAGGACAUUUCAAGGCGAUUUCGUUUUCCAUCCACAAUCCCAUAUAUCUCCUAGACCCAACUCUCAAACAGUUCAUCUCCCUCCUCUGGUAUUUCGAGCCCCAUCCGUCAGUCCAGCCUCCCAACAUUUUGGGCAAAGCUUCACAAGAUCACAGCACUUUGGGAGGCAGAUGGAUCAACCCCUGAGCCACCUGCCUGGACCAUUUCACGGUAACGUGAGAUCUUCAAACUUGCAGAGCUUUAGACCUCCAUUGCCUCGGGUGAUGCCUAGGAACUUCCCUGAAGCUCAGUUCCCGCAGCGUUCUGCACUUUUCCCUCCAAGACCAGUGUUCCAUAAUGAUAACCUGAACCCAAAUGGCCAACCACAGAUUCGACACAGGUCUAACGCAGGUGUGCAUCAAGUAUAUGAUCCUUUUUCACCUAGUGACGCAUGAUGACCGGUUAGUGUUUUUUUUCAUUACUGAGGAAAAAGAGAUACCAUUCGAUAUAAUUUUCCUAACAGAAAGUUUCAAAGCAUUGGCUUUGUCUUUUCCAUGUAUAAAUGUUUGUUUUUGUGAAUUUAAUGGUAAAAUUGAAAAUCGUUACAGAAAAUUCAUUUGUGCUUA